AGUCGCUGUCUCUACCUUCGUAUUUCGACUAGUCUCGAUUGAUUGAUCUGUGAAUCUGUUUCCUUCUCGAUUUUUGAUCUGCUAGGGUUCGAACUAUGACUCGAACGCGAUUCUUGAGUUUGUAAAUGAUCGAUCCACUAUCAAAAAAAACUUUUAGUGUUUUUCUUUUCCCACCAAAAAGAAAUUAGGGUUUUGAUAUCGAAUUCGGUUCUAUUGGGUACUGAUCCCAAGUGUUGCUUUGUUUUUACUGGGGGGCUGCCUACGUAGUACACAUAUGCAUCUGUGAAUGUUAUGUUCCCAUGCGUAUGCAAGUUUAUGGAUGCCGCCUGUGUUGAGAAUGGAAGGUAGUUCUUCUGUGAUUGAGAAAAAUACAGAUGAUGGCCUUCAAGAGGUUGAAGAAGUUUCAGAUGUUAAUGUGUUAACUCCAAUUGCUGGUAUGGUUUUUAAUUCUGAGAAGGAAGUUUUUGAAUUUUACAAUAGGUAUGCUCUACAAAAAGGAUUUGGUUUAACUAAGAGAAGUACUAAGAACGGAGAUGAUGGACAGUUAAAAUACUAUUCUCUUGCAUGUGCUAAAGUUGGCAAGUAUGUAAGCAAGGCAAAGAAUAGUUACAAUCCAAGACCAUCUAUGAAAACUGCUUGCAAGGCCAAGAUUAAUGUAUCUGUGAGUAGUGAGCGAAAAUUCACCAUCACCCGUGUUUACUUGGAUCAUAACCAUCAACUUAGUCCUGGGAAGUCGCGUUUCUUCAAGCGUAACAAGAAUAAGGAUUCAUCUGUAAAAAGAAAACGCGAAGAAAAUGAACAAACUGAAGUUCCAUUAUGUAAGAAUUCUCAUUUCAUUGUUGAAGCUGGGGGUUAUGAAAAUUUGCCAGUCACUGGAAGGGAUUGCAGAAAUUAUAUUGCUAAAGCAGGACAAAUCAGGCUUGGGACUGGGGAUGCUGAGGCACUUCGUAAUUACUUUUGUCGCAUGCAAAAAAGAAAUUGUAAUUUUUUCUAUCUCAUUGAUAUGGAUGGAGAAGGUCGGUUAAGAAAUGUGUUCUGGGCAGAUGCAAGAUCUAGAGCAGCAUAUGAAUCUUUUGCUGAUGUUAUAUCAUUUGAUACUACGUAUCUAACAAACAAAUAUGACUUGCCACUCACUCUCUUUGUUGGUAUUAAUCAUCAUGGACAGACGAUGUUAUUUGGAUGUGGUCUGUUGUCAAAUGAGGAUACUGAGACAUAUAUUUGGUUGUUUUCAUCGUGGUUAGAAUGCAUGGGUGGUCGUUAUCCAAAUGCCAUAGUUACAGAUCAAUGUAAGGCUAUACAAGUGGCAAUUGAAAGAGUAUUUCCUUGUUCACAACAUCGACUUUGUCUUUGGCAUAUUAUGAGAAAACUCCCAGAGAAGCUUGGAGGCUUGUCUCAUUAUAAAGCAAUCAAGAGAACUUUGAAGAGUGUUGUCUAUGAGUCAAUAGAAGUUGCUGAAUUUGAAGAGAGUUGGUCUAGAAUGAUUGAAGAACAUAAUCUUGAUAAAAAUGAAUGGUUGAAUUCUUUGUUUACAGAUAGACAGCAGUGGGUUCCUGUAUAUGUUAAAAGUACUUUUUGGGCUGGAAUGUCUACAACUCAGCGGAGUGAAGGCUUAAAUGCUUUUUUUGAUGGCUAUGUGGGUCCUAAAACAUCUUUGAAGCAAUUUGUGGAGCAAUAUGAUAAUGCUUUGAAAAGCAAGGUUGAAAAAGAAACAAAGGCGGAUUUUGCUUCUUUCCAUUCUAGUAUCCCCCUGAUAACUGGUUGUCAUUUUGAAAAACAGUUUCAAGAAGCUUAUACAAAUGACACCUUCAAAUUGUUUCAAGAUGAGUUAAGGAGCAUGUUGUUUUGUAAUUUAGUGCAUUUAGAGGAUGAUGGACCAAUUUCUAAGUUUCAAGUGACAGAUAUUUUAAGAGGGAAAGAUGGCAAACCAAAAAGACAAGUUAUUUAUAAUGUUUUUGUUAAUGAGAUUGAUCAUGAACUUAAAUGCUCUUGUCACUUGUUUGAGUUUAAAGGUAUUCUUUGUCGACAUGUGGCUAAAGUGCUACUUGAGAAAAAUGUGGCAGAAGUUCCCCCUCAGUGCAUUUUAAUGCGUUGGAGAAAAGACGUUAAACGUCGAUACACUUUGAUUGAGAAUUGUUAUGAUGACUUUGGGAACAACGAGCAAAAACUACGGUAUAAUACAUUAUGCUCCCAUUUUCACAAGGCCGCAGAGAUUGGAGCACAAUCUAGUGAGAAGUAUGUAUUUUUGAUGAAAAGUGUGGAUGAAAUGAUAGACAAGCUUAUAAGUGAUAUCAAUGUGUGAAUAGAUCAAUCCUGACCAAAUGGCUUUAGUAUCUAUAUUAAAAGUCGAUGAUGAACAAAAUGCUUCAAUUGGAAAGCUAUUAUCUCCUUAGAAGGCACAAACAAAGGGAUGUCUACCAUCAAAAAGAAAGAAGUCCGUUGUAGAACAAAUUGUACAGAAAACCAAGAGAAGCAAGAAAAAGAGGCAAGAGAGGACUGAUGUUUCAUGGGGCUGGAAGAAAGGAAGCUAGGUCAGAAGCUUUUGGUUGAUGUGGAUGCGCGGAUGGAUCUCUGACCAGCUGGUAAAUUUAACCACUUGCCAGGGUACCAUCAGUUACACAGAGAUACGUUGCAUAGUGAGAGAAGCCCUUUGAGGGAGCACCUAAGAAUCUUCCGGAGUCUGGCUCGGCUCAUAGUCAUAGCAUCUGCUACGCCGACCUAGUAUCCCAAGAUAUCUGCAGUGAGUCAGAGUUUUGUAAGCCUCAUGUUGCUGUGCGUGGCCUCUUCUGUACCAUAUUUUGGCUUUAAUGCUCAAUACUAAUACUAAUCUUGUGAAAUUAUUCUCAAGUGAGACAUUGUUAAAAGGACUGAUACCUGGCUCUUAGUCUUAAGACUAGUUUAGUUCUAAUGAAGCAAGGGAGAUGUUCAUGGUCUGUAAAUCCAAUAAUUAGAUUGAACUAAUGUAAUUGUGUUAGUUUGAUUGAA